UCAGGGGAGUAGGACUGCUGACAACAGUGAACAUUUGCUUGGGAGUGGAAGUGAGCGUGAGGCAGCACUGGUCUGAACCGUCCAUGCAUAUUCACACGCACACACAUCUCACCAGCAUGGAACACGUGUGAUGCUGAGUGGUGACGGGCUUUGAAUCACACACCAGACGGAAGAAGGACACUGAUAAGGCACAGCAAAAGGGAACAUCAGAGUCUGUGAACAACCAAACAACGCCUUCUGUGCUGUGGCUGUUGCAAGUACCCGUCCAGGGCGUCCGUACCAGCACCAGGGGGCAGGAGUGCAGUCGCUCAGAGUGGCACUGUGGCGGUGAGUGGUGCCAGAGCUCGCCGCUAAGGGGCCUUCGCGGGGUCGAGGACGAGACCGAGGAAAGGAGAGUGAGUCCUUCCAUUUGUGCGGCCUUCGAGAACUAACAUGAGGGCGAUGUGCGGGUGCUGAGUGGUCGGGGGCCGCUAAGUGACCUGUGUGUGUUGACGUGUGUGUGUCUGGCUGGCGGGCAGCAAGGCGGGCAGUGCCUCAGCCACCACCGUUGUCGCCGCUGUACAGUUCAACCGGCGCCAUGCAGGGGAAGGCAGCCUCGUCGGUGAGGAUGAAGACGGAGCGGAGCGUGGUGUUCAGCCCCAGCAUCACUCUGCUGGAGACAGGCAUGGAGGACUGCAACACACACCUCAAGGACCCCUCCUCUGGGCCGGCCAAGUUCCAGAUUGGUGCCAGCGAUGAGGAGUUUGAAGAGCCUGCUGAUGUGGAGAUUGUGGUGGCUACCCAUGUGGUGCCCCCUGAUGGAGGGUGGGGUUGGGUGGUGGUGGUGGCUUCGUUCAUGUGCAACGUAGUGGUGGAUGGCAUCAUAUUUUCCUGUGGGAUGCUGCUACCUCUCUUCAAGGAAGAGUUUGAGGUGUCCAACUCUGAUGUGUCCUGGGUCAGCUCCCUCCUUGGGGGUUUUUACCUCAUUGUUGGUCCAUUUGUUUCCGCCUUAGCAAAUGCAUACGGGUUCCGAACUGUGUGCAUCUUGGGUGCAGUGAUAUCUUCAGUGGCCUUUGGGAUUUCUUCCUUUGCCACUUCCAUUUACUACCUCCAAUUUACUUUUGGAGUUCUUGGUGGUAUUGGAUUUGGACUCAUUUAUGUGCCAGCUGUGAUUGCCACGGGCUUCUAUUUUGAGAAGCGUCGGGCACUGGCCACAGGGAUUGCAGUGUGUGGGUCGGGUAUUGGUACCUUCCUCUUCGCAGCGCUCAACAACUUCCUCAUCCCAGUGUUAGGCUGGCGUUACACCCUUGUUGUGUAUGCAGGAAUUACCCUGAGCUGUGUGAUAUUUGGCUUGGCCUUCCGCCCACUCAAGCCCACCACCAGAUACACAGACGAUGACCUGGAGCCCCCUGGCACCCCGCUGCUCAUGAGAAUCAAACGUGCAAGGGAUGAACAGAUGAGACAAUGUGCAUCUGCCUUGUCCAUGUCCCCGAUGAAUUCCAAGACUCCCUCCAGGGCAAACCUAGAAGACCCAUGGAAUGAAGGGGAGGCAGCAAAGAUUGCUACCAGGAACGCCAUUGCGAGGACCCUUCUGGAGAGACACGGGGGCAACAUGCACAAGCGAUACAGCUACCCGGGUAUCAUGGUGACUGGACCUGAGCCCAUCAAAGAGGAAACUGAAACUCCCCUCAUUGAAGCAGAUAGUAAGGAGGAAGCAGACAAAGAAACUGAGGAGGAGUGGGAGAAACAGGAAAAGCAGGACACGCAAGAAAAACAGGAGAAGCAGGAAAAUCGAGUGCUGGAUGACAACAAAAAUGAAACCCAGAUUAAAAAUGAUGCCAAAGAGUGUGAGGCAAACGGCACCAUCCCCCCCCCUACCCUUGAUCCUGGCUAUGGCGCACCUCAAUGCCCUCGGAACAAGAGUGCCCCAGUGCUAGCCCAGUGCAACAUGCUUUCUAUGGAACACCUGAGACGACCCUCCAAGCUGGCCCUGCGCACAGAGACAGCUCGGCCAUUCUACCGUGAUGACAUCUUCUACUCAGGGUCAAUGCGGCGCCUCCCAGAGUAUAGGAGCUCGGAGUCAGUGGAGAGGUACCACCAGUCAGUGACGCAGCUGCCACCCAUGAGUGAAAUAAUGGAAGAGGAGGAGGAGGGACGUCGCUGCAAAUGCUGCCCCACCUCCAUCACAAGCGUUAUCUCUCGCAUGUUUGAUAUCACCCUCCUCAGCUCUCCAACUUUCAUUGUGUUGGGACUUGCUGGUUUCAUGUCUCUCAUGGCCCUCUUCAUCCCAUUCAUGUUCCUGCCAGGUUAUGCAACCCAGCAAGGGAUCAGCAAGGGCUCCAUUGCCACCCUGGUCUCCACCAUUGGCAUCACCAACACUAUUGGCAGGAUUGUGUGUGGCUGGAUCUCUGAUCAUCCCAAGGUGGAUGCAUUGUAUGUGAACAACUUUUCUCUCAUGCUGGGGGGUGGAGCAACCAUGCUGCUGCCAGUGAUAAGUGAUGAAUCCCUUCUUCUUGCAUAUGCUGUGGCCUUUGGUAUCUCUGUAGCUGCAUUUGCCUCCCUUCGUUCCAUUCUUCUUGUGGAGUUACUUGGCUUGGAAAAGUUAACGAAUGCAUUUGGCCUUCUGCUUUUGUUCCAAGGCAUUGCAGGCAUCUUUGGAAGUCCAGUUGCAGGUGCAUUUGUGGACAUGACCCAGAGUUAUGACAUCACCUUCUAUGUGUUUGGCGGAAUCUUCGCCUUCUCCGGAGUCAUGUGCAUUCCCCUCCGCUAUAUCAAACGGUGGGAAGACAACAAAAAGAGCAAGCAACAAAUGGCUAAUGGAGUGGAAAUGAAAGCCUGAGGUGGAAACGGUCCUCACAGUGUCAGAAAUGAUACAGGUGUUGCAGAAACAGUAGUUGGUAUUGAUACACUGUUGAUGCUUGAUAAUAGUGAUGGGUUCACUAUGUAUUUCUAGAACAUGACUUCUAAAAGUUCACUUACAUUUUUUUGUAGAAAGAUACAAAGAAAAGAGUUUCAUAUUUUGUGUGAGAGAUGUGAGUGCAAAGAAAGCCUUACAAAGACAAUACUGAACAAGAAUAAAACACAUCCAUUAAGACAAAAGGAAAUGAUUAAAGAAAAGGACAAAAUGAGUUCAGUGAUGAGUCUAGCCUUGGGCAAAGUGUUCUACUUCUAAGUUAAUAUUCUAAUACAAUUUGCCUUCUCUUAGAUAAUAGGCACUUUGGAUGAGUAGAAACCAUGUUGAUUCAUCUCCAUUGCAAGGAGAGUAAGCACUGCAUGAUUUUUGUCAGAACAUUAUUCCUUGUGGCACAUCAAAAUGUCUUAUUUCAGUAACAUUUAACAGUAAAUUAGUGCACAUGCAUUAUGUACAAUGCAUAAUUACAUUGAAAACAUUAAAAAUAGAAUUCAAGCAAUAUGUUAGGUACACUACUGGAAUAAUCAAGUUAUGAAUAUGUACUUUGAAUUUAUAAUUUCUGUGCCAUCAAAAAAUCAUAACUUUUAUAAGGAACAAAAGCCAGCUAGUGAGGGAAAACAAUAUUUCUGUUCAUGAAAUCUACAUUAGGUUUGACACUUUUUCAUAUUCAUGUCCUUACCAUCCAUUAUCAUUUGGUCAGUCAUUCAAACUCAACUACUCAUUAGCUCAGCAUUCACUUCAUCAACUGUAUAGUAUCAUCCUCUUAUAAUUAACUAAAACAUGCCUUUUUGUGGUCUAAAGAUCAAUUUAGUACUUAUUUAAUAUAUUAUUUUUAUGUUACUCUAUAGUCUAUACUUUCUCUUGCCUUAUUGCUGUUCUCUGGAACAAAUUUUUUACUGAUACAUGAUGAUUAAUGUAUUGGUCAGUUCCCAUUACAAUAUACUUAGUACAUGUUGAUUUCAGUUGAAAAGUACUGAGGUACAAAACUGUCUCACAGUUCAAGAUUUCUCUGUGUGAUACUUUUAACCAAAAGACACCCAUGGAUCAGCAGUGUUGCUAUUCACUGGGAGGAAGAAAUGUAAAGUCUACAGUUCACUCAAGGAAAUCAAUAAAGAAAGAGUAGGUAGAUUCUUAGUUGCUAGUUGUUUAAAAAUGAACAUAUUUUUUAUAGCAAAACAUUUAUGUUAGGAUUUCAUAAUCACCAUAGAUUUAGUCUACCAUUAUAUUCCUAUAUAUAAGGCUAAAUUAGUUGAAACUGGUAAAUCUGACAAAAUAAAGGCUGUGUGACACUGUCUUCAGUGAAGUAAGUAGAAUGCAGUAAUAUUUACUGGUGUUUAAGCUUUGAAAGAUUAAUUAGCUCUAUUAUGGAAGCUCUGGAAAUAAGAUGGUGUUCAUUAUUGAUUGAAAUGAUAGAUGAGGUUGUACUUAACAAACAGUAAUUAGUCUCUGUAGUUGUUUGUUUCUAAAAUAGGGAAGCAUAUAAAGGGAAAAAAAAAAAAACAUUAGACAGAAAGAAAUGUGCAGGGUAGCUGUAAAUUACAGUUUCAUAGUCUUGCUUAAUGCUGCUCAUUGACUUGUAGUAUUGCAAGAAUAUUUGAAGUGUACAAAUUGCUUAAUUAAUGGUUGAUAUCCAGUUCAAAACACUAGAGAUCCCACUACACAACUAAUGUGUCAGAUUAGAAAGCAAUUUAGCAUUCUGCAUGGCUGUUAUGGAGGUGAGAAUGUACUUACUGUGCAUACAAAGAAAAUAAUUAUUGACACACACACACACACACACACACACACACACACACACACACACACACACACACACAAUGUAAAUAAAACACUACCAUGCUAUCUACAUAGUCUUAAAAUGGAUUUUCAUUCAUUUUUUGUAUGUGCAUAAUAGGAAACACCUGACAUGUUAAAUAGUGUUAGUAAUUAUUUAAUUCAUUAUUUUGUUAUGUAGGGUGGCUGGAUUGCUCUGUGGGUAAAGAGCUCAGCUCAGAACUGAAAGUUGUGAAUCUGAUCCUGGCUCACAGCAGCUUCUUGGUGAGAGAGGCAGCUCUCUCUUGUAACACUUGCAGGGUUAUAUGGUCUUGGCUACCUAGCUUGGGGGGAUUCUUUUGUCACCUUUAAUCAUUAUAUAAUCAUAUACUACAUGGAAGCUAUCAGAUUAAUUCAGAUAGGAUAUUAGAUACAUUAAAUACAAAAGUUCCUUAUAUGUGUCAAAUUUAUCUUUAAUAUGACUUCCAUAUUGUAUAGACAAAAUUUAAAGUUAUGAAAAUGUUGAACCAUAGCAUUUUACUGUAUAUGGUUUCUUCAUAUCUAAGUUUCAAUUAGUCUUAUUAUUUAUUUAAUAUGUGCCACUUGUCCCUUGCUGAACAAAAGCUCAAGUGUGAUAUAAAGAUGAUAUUAAGAUACUCUUUUAUUUAGCUUCAUCUAAAACAACAUAUACCAACUUUUCAUCAUCAGAGUUGUAUCUGUAGUUGGGAAUGAAACCUCAACCAGAAUAGUUCUCUGCAAGGCCAACGCUGUAUCAGCAAGUGCUUGUUAUAUUUUCUCUCAAGUUUUUGUUCUAUUUAUAUUUAGAAUAGAGUGAAGGUUGUUGCGUGUGUUUCAUCAGAGGCACAUUGAAGACAUCCAGCUCCCUGGGACAAAGCUCAAUGUGGCUCUCACUUCCCUGGCGCACAGAAAAUGAUCAAAUGAGUAAGUUUAUCAUCUACUUGCUGCCACAUAAAAGAUGCAUAACACCCACUCUUCUGCCCCUGAAGCUGCCAACCAAUGUGCUCUUAAGUGAUAAUAGUUGUGUGCAAUAAAAUGAAUUACAUUAACUUUAUUAUAUAUCCAGGGGAACAGACCUUAGUGUGUGUGUGUGUUUAUGUCAUCAGUGUGUAUGACAAUCUGCAAGUGUAUACACACUACAGCAGAAAUGCACUUGGGAACUUAUUAGGGGAAACCAUGUAACUUUUUCUCCUUUGGCUAAUAUAUAGUUCAUGUUCAUACAGCAUGAAGGUAGCUGUUUUUGGAGGUGUGCAUGGCUCUCAUGACCUCUCUGAGUGAGGCCAUGUGUUCAGAGCAUUGAUUCAAGUAUAAUACUUUGUUUGUAUAUAGCCUUGUAGGUUUUAAGCUUUUAUACUGGACAAUAACAAGUGAGGGUAGCAGUCCCUCCCUUGUACCCUAUUGCCCUGACACAGAUAUAGUUAUUGAAGUAGCAUAGCUCUUGUGUUUUGCUAAGGAAGACAACCCAAGAACUACCCAGAUGUCUUAAAAUAUUUUUUGUAAAGUUGUUUUUGUAUUGUCAAUAGCAUGUAAGAUACAGGUUCAAAACCCUUUCCCAAAGGCCUACAUAAUACAAUAUUACACUGAA